AUGGCAGUGUCUGGAAACGUUGUAAAAACAUUUUUGGAAAAAAUUAACCUCGAAAAAUAUAGCGGAAGACUUGUUGGUCAAGGCUACCAAACUGCUCUUGAUUUGUGUCUUUUAAACGAGGAGGACUUGAAUUUGAUAAGUCUCACAGACAAAGAGGACAGGGAAAAAAUUUUGCAAGCAGGUAGGAAAUCAAACAUCUAUCUGUAUGACCUCUACACCACGAAAUUUAUGCACAGUAUGUCGUAUUGAUUUUCACCCUAAAAAUAAUGUUUUAUUUAUUGCCCACAAUAAUAUUGCCCUGAGUAAUUCCUAACCUACGAUCCUUAGGCUCCUCGAUGUAUUGUUUGUUAGCAAGUUUAUUCAGUUGGACUGUCUGAUUGCCCGGCUCCUAUCAAAAUUCCCAGCUUCUGACGGUGAACAUGGUGAAAAUAUAUUUUUUUAUACCCAUCAGCUUCUGAACUGGAUAUAGAAGUAUGGCUGAAUCACAUGGAGUUGGAUUCUUACAUCAACGAAUUUAAAAGAGAGGGCAUCCAUAGUGUUAAAGACCUAAGGGCCCAUGAGAUUUCAGAUGACCUCCUAGAUGCAUUAGAAGUCAUGAUCCCGGGACAUCGAAAAAGAAUUAAAACUGCAGGUAAAUGUUUACAUGUAAAUAGCAUUUUGUCUAACUAGCUGGGACCGAAGUUGAAAACGUAACGGCUUAUUUUAAAUGUUACAAGAUUCUUCAGCCGAAGCAUUUGAAGUUACAGCGUUGGCCAAUAUGUAAGCUUUAAUAGCAUUUUUUCCUCCCUCUGACUGCAACUCCUAGGCUAAGGGAAUCAAUUUGCCGAUCAGGAGAAAACGAAGCUAAAAGAAAGGGAAAUACAAUGUAAACAUCUAAACAAAAUACAAGGAAUAUUGCUCAUCAUCAAGAAACAAUUAGAUCGUCACUAACGGGGGUUCCCCUUUACAUCAAAGAGAUUAAAAUACUUAGCCAUUGUGCGGCUUUGAAAGGCAAGUUUUGAAGCAUAAACGUUUUUUCCUCCGAAAGAUUGCCAGUGGAUUGCGAAGAAACAUGUCAAUUGAUGAAAGCAGGCGAGCAAAGUUAAAUCUGAUUGACUUUAAUACCUGUCUGUGUUCUCGAACCCUUUUAUAAGCUAUCCUCUUAAAAGUUAUGUUUCAUUUUAAGUAGGCCACUGCUAAUUUCACCUCUUCGGUUGCAUCAGGUAUAACUAAUUCAUGGUUGUAAGCAGAGGGCGACUGGAAUACACUUUAUAAUUUCAGAUUUGCAGAUAAAAAACAUGCGUUUUAUGUAAUUGGGGAUCUCGGACCCUAAAUGUCUUUCUUCCAAACAACCUGCAUCCUCAGGUUGUAUCCUAUAAGGCUCUGCAUUUUUAAAAUGAAGACACAAGCAGGAAUUACUGCUUUUUCAUAAUAAUUUCAUGAAGAAAGUUUUUUCAAAAUAUUCUCUUCUAAAAUAUUAAAUUUUUAACAGGUUUUGGUUUUCUCGCUAUUCGCUGAACACGUGCUCGAGCUAGCUGAACGCGCUUUGCUAACCCUCCCCGCGCACUGAUUCAUUUUGAUUUUUCUAGUUGACUGUGUAAAUCGCUGAAGGACUUGUUUUUCAAUUCUGCAACAUGAUGAUAAAUUUAUUAUGAAUUAGCCACAAUUUAUCGCCCUAGUAUAAGCAUACUCGUAUAUUUUUGGCGCCAGAGGAAGAGGAGUCGACAAAGGACGAUCAGAAGAAGUAUUUACAGUUAGUUUUGUAUCAGUAAACCAAGGGAACGUAUAGGCUUUUAAAAACCAUUUUCAUUAUGUAGUUGUCCUAAACCAACAUGGAAGUUUAGUUGCUUAAAAACGUCAGAUUCUGUGCCCCGUUUUGAGAAUUUACUUUCGGCAACCCAAGCACCAAUGACGGUGCCAUGAUCUGAGUUUGCUCAUACAAUACAUGUAAUUUCUUUGGUAUAGAUUAACUCUUUCUGUAAUUACACCAUUGUGAAGGGUACAGUAUUCAGUUUGAAACGGGGCAGCUUUUAAGUUGUUAUCUUUUCGCGUGACGGACUAUUUAGUAAUUACACAGUAUUUAAACAUACGUUUUUCGCGAGUAUUAAGCUAUAUCGAGAUGCGAUAUGAUCGUGCCUGCUCUCUGUUGGAACUUGAAUAUAACUUUUAAACGCAAAUUAUUCAGUUUUGCUUUUGCUUUAUCUGUGUUAGUCUAACAUGCUUGGUUUAAAAAACGCAAAAAGAGAAUCAUGAUUCCGGAAUGAAUUUCUUGUUCGAACACAACUCUCGUUAGUAGCACUUGGUUUAGUCACAGGUAUUUUAUAGCUCUCAGGUAUUUAUCUUCAACAACUGUUGAAUCAAUUCUGCCUGAUUUGUUGCUCAUUUUCGUCCUUCUUUCUAGCAAUGCAAAAUCAUUAAAAGCCAUCUUACUCUUUGUUUAAAUACUAACGAGUCUUUCAACGAACAACUCCGACUCGGAAGCGUUUAGUUGCACUGUUCUGUACUGACUGCCUAAUCGAUGCAUUUUUAUACCCUUUAGGUUGUUUUAACUUUUGUCUAUGUUUAACCAUCAUAAGACCAUAUGAAUUAAAGCAAAUUUAGUGUUUAGUAUUGCUUUUUCAUAAAAAUUAGUUUUAUAUGGUUUUAACAAGUUAGUCAAAAAAGCAAUGAUCCUGCCUUUCUUCGGCGUAUUCAUGCAUAGUGAAUGUUUAUUUAUAGAGGUGCUUACUUAAUUACAGUCUUUUAAAACUACUCUAGAUAAUAUUUUGUAUCCAAACUGCAAACAUGUGUUAGUCCCAGUAUGCUGAAUUUUAAAAUGAUCUACCUCAACAUUCUGAAGAAUACGAUAGAUGAAAUUAUUUAUCAUGGUUUUUGUUAUUAUUUCCACCGGCAGUAUCGUUUCUAAAUUUAAACAUUUCCGGCCCUGAUGAUGUGAGACAAAGUGUUUCCGCGGUGGUAAUAGGUUACUGGGGCCAGCCACCAGAAAUGGAAGGAAACAACUACGAUUUCCUUUGCGUCCCUGGUUUUCUCAAGUCCAGCACUGGAGAGGGUAUGUAGGGUGUACUGAUUUUAGAAUGUUCUUUGUUCCCAUUGCUAAGAAAAGGCCCCUGUUACAGAAAACUCAACAGUCAGUUGAAAAUAUGAGUCAUUUCAUAUAUUUCCAUUCAAGUCGGCCAUAUGUUAGCCUAAUACAGGCUUUAACCGGGUCACAUGUGUAAAACAAGACCCAGUCAAUUGGUUAGUCAGUCAGUUGGCCAAAUCAGUAUAACUCAGCUUGUCAGUAACUCCAGACAAAUAAGCAGACAGUCAAUUAUCUACUGGCCUGCUCUUCAAGUUCUGUACCAUCCAGUUGGCCUAUUAAAAGCAAAUUCAAUCAUUCAUUGAUCAUUCAGUUUUUAAAGCCAGGCAUCAAGCAAGAUUUCAGUGAGUGUUACUUGUUCAGAGAGUCUGGCAUAAGGCAAAUUAGGCUCUCUUGUUACCAGGAAAUCCUGACUGACUUGUUACUAACUGUCAGUCAGUUGCAUAGUCAACCAGUCAGCCAGCAGCACUCCAGUCAAACAAUCUAUCAGCCACAGUCACAUAGUCAGUGAGUUAGCUAGCAAGUCAGUCAGUCAGUCAGUUGCUCAUUUAGCCAGUCAAUCAACAGGUCUGAAACAGGGGCAUUAUGGGCUCCUGCAGUCAGGCUGUCUGUCAGGCAGUCAAUCAAUUAGUCUUCCAUUCCAGCCAGUAGCAAGUCAGUCAGUCAGACAGUCAGACAAUCAGUGAGUCAGCCAGAAAGUCAGUCAAUCAGUUGGUAAUUUAGCCAGUCAGCCAACAGGAGCAUGGGAUCCUGCAGUCAGAAAGUCAAUCAGUUGCAUAGUCAACCAGUCUUCCAGCCAGCAGCAAGCCAUACAGUCAAUCAAUCUAUCAGCCAGUCAAACAAACAGGCAAUCAGUGAGUCAGUCAGUCAGUCAAAAAGUUGGUCAUUUAGCCAGUCAUUGAACAGGGGCACCAUGAACUCCUGUAGUCAGGCUGUCAAUCAAUCAGUCAAUCAGUUGCAUAGUCAACCAGUCUUCCUGCCAGCAGCAAGCCAGUCAAACAGUUAGACAGUCAGAAAAUCAGUGAGUCAGCCAGAAAGUCAAUCAGUCAGUUCGGUCAUCACCCCUCCUAUUGUUUUCCUACCAGACAGGUUAAAUUUAGAAGGUCAGACAGGCCAGACCCAGGCCAAAAAGGCCAAAAGCAGGGCAAAAGUCCAAACUCAAAUAACCUAUCUGGUAGGAGAACAAUAGGAGGAGUGAAAACAAUAGAAAUGUGUUGGUGGUGGUGGUGGUAAUGGAGGGAAACAAUAGAAAUGAGUGAGUAAGCCAGAAAGUCAGUCAAUCAGUUGGUAAUUUAGCCAGUCAGCCAACAGGAACAUGGGAUCCUGCAGUCAGAAAGUCAUUCAGUUGCAUAGUCAACCAGUCUUCCAGCCAGCAUCAAGCCAAUCAGUCAAUCUAUCAGCCAGUCAAACAGUCAGGCAAUCAGUUAGUCAUUAAGCCAGUCAGUCAACAGGAACAUCUUGAGCUCCUGCAGUCAGGCUGUCAAUCAGCAGUCAAUUAAUUGUAUAGUCAACCAGUCUUCCAGCCAACAGUAAGCCAGUCAGUCAAUCUAUCAGUCAGACAAUCAGUGAGUAAGCCAGAAAGUCAGUCACUAAGUUGAUUUUUUAGCUAGUAAGUCAACAGGGGCAUCAUGGGCUCCUGCAGUCAGGCUGUCAAUCAGUUGCAUAGUCAACCAGUCUUCCAGCCAGCACCAAGCCAGUCAAACAGUCAAACAGUCAGGCAAUUAGUGAGUCAGCAAGAAAGUCAAUCAAUCAUUUGGUCAUUUAGCCAGUCAGUCAACAGGAGAAUCACGGGCUCCUGCAGUCAGGCUGUUAAUCAGGCAGUCAAUCAGCUGCAUAGUCAACCAGUUUUCCAGCCCCCAGCAAGUCAGCCAGUCAAACAGUCAGUGAGUCAGCCAGGAAGUCAGUCACUAAGUUGGUCAUUAAGGCAGUCAGUCAACAGGAGUUUCAUGAGCUCCUGCAGUUGUAUAGUCAACCAGUCUUACAGCCAGCAGCAAGCCAGUUAAACAGUCAGUGAGUCAACCAGGAAGUCAGUCACUAAGUAUGCUGCUCCAAGUCUGCUGGUUGACUUACCCAUCCAGCAAAUAGAGAGAAUUGAAUUGGGAGGCCAAUGGUUAAAACUAUACUCUCUGAAAUCGUUUACCUUCAUUUGCUGUGUGAGAAUGUCUCAACUGCAUUAUCAGGGAUGUACAGGUUUUAUUAACUUAAUUCAAAAGGGUACUUGUUUGGUAAAAAAUGUAGAAAGAUAUGAGCUAUAAGAUACUUUGAGUUUGUGAUAAAAACAAAACACUCUUAAACCAGAUCAUAGAGACUAACUCGUUUUAAGGCGAUGUUAUACUUGACAAUUCGUAGCGACUUUUUAAAGGCAACACAGCGUUACGACAUUGUUUCGAAUUGUUGCAACAUUUUUCCAACAUUAUCGUUGCUCUUAAAAACGUCGUUGCAAAUCACUUCGUUUAAUAUCACGUUUAGGUCUACAAUAGAUGAAACUAGUCGGCCUGCUGUACUUUUCCGGUAAUAAGAAUAUGAAAAUUGUUUGUUUUUCAGACGCUCAGUCAUCAGGACUCGUUCAGUUUAUAGUUGACAGUGGCAGUGAAGUUGGCGUGACUGUGACGUCACAGUUCAUUAAAGAUCUUCAACUGGAGUAUCUCCAUAACAUAGAAAGUAGAGGCGUCCACGCUACGAGAGACAGGCCAGUUUAUCGAGGGGUCCUAAAGCUUGGGUCAGAGGAAUUUGAAGUUGAAGUAAGCUAAUAACACCUUCCAGAGUAUUAUUUUGUUUAUUAAUCCUCUUAGGUAUUUUAGCCAAGAGAUUUCUCCUAACAGUAUUAAUACAGAAUCAAGAGAAAAGGUUAUGAGAAUUGAGAAAGUGAUCAACAAAGGGAAAAUGCUUUGAUCUUUUAUCAAAUUCUCCCAACUAAUUCCUUAAGGAAAUGUAUGGAGAUCAGUCAGGAGAAUUGGUAUUUGGAUAUUGGGUCUUAAAGGGUUAAAACUGUGAAUGAGUUGAUCAAUAUUUUCCAUCUUUUUGUUUUUUUUCUUUAACUAAAUGACUGAAAUUGGUUCCAGCUUUCCAUAAAAGGCAGAAACUAAUAUUGAUCUUGAUUAUUUUUAGGGUUUCGCCUAUUGUUUCAUCAAUAGCACCUUUAUAAUAAUUUCUAAUCGGUUCCAGGGUGAUUUUCUAUCAAAAGAUGUUUCACAUUUACGACAAGUUAAAGCCUUUUGUUAUUAAAAGGGAACCUCUGAUCUUCCUUAAUUUGUCUCGAUUGGGGCAGAACUUAACUGUAGCAGGGAAAACAGCGGAACUUGAGUUUCGCGGCGGUACAACCUUUUACUGGUCAUGUCGCAAUGGAACCACUGAAACGUAGCUCUGCAAAGAGUUCCCUGUAUUUUCAGGAUUAAGUUAACUCUAUUCUGACUUUUGAUUCCAGUGUCUUCUUUUGGACAAUUAAUGUUUCGAUGCAUGGAGACUUUGCGCCUCAAAAAAAACAAAAGACAAAAUCAACAAAGUAACUAAAGAAAGUAUCUUACUUUUUACCCGCCAAAACGGUAGCUCCUUUCCAAAUGUGUGCGCUUCCGAAGUAAAUAUUUGACUAUUAAAGAAAAGAGACAAAAGGCAAAAUACUUUUCUCCCAGACUGUCAAGUGUUUGCCUAAAUGUUUUUUAUCUCUUUUGCAGGUAAUGCCGGACAGAUUUUGUACGGUAGGUGCUGUCGUGAUGAGAAAAUUCAAGCAUUUUAUAAACGGACGUCUUCAUCGCUGGCUGAAAGAUGACCCACAGGCUUCUGAUAACCCACCAUCACAAGUUGAAGACUGCUAA